CCCAGGCUCACGCCGACGCAGCGGAGGCGUCUGGACGAGAUCGCCGCGCGUGUCGAUGUGCCGUACGAUUCGUUCGAGGAUUCGCACCGCGCAUCGCUUCUAGAGCUGUGGAAUCUCACGUUCCCGAACGAUCCGAGGCCCGCAGAGUUUUCGGAUGGCGGGUUAAAACAUCCCAAAUGGAAGGAGAUGGGUUGGCAGGGCGUGGACCCGGCGACGGACUUCAGGAGCGGCGGGCUCUUGUCCCUCCACAACCUCAUAUGGCUCGCCACGCACGAGCGAGGGGUGUACGACAGACUGCUGCGCAAGACGGACGGCACGAGGUCGGAGUGGGAGUACCCCUUCGCCGCCGCGGGCGUCAACGUCACGCACGCGCUGUGCGACGAGCUCCAGCUCCGACCCACCAGGCGCCAUACGAGGGGUGUCGGCGGACACGCCGGAGCGAAGGAUGCGUUUGAGCGGGUGUACUCGGCGUGGUUCCAGGCGCUGGACCGCGAGUGGCUGGAUCGUGGCGCGACGUACAUGGAGUUUGGCGAGGUGAUGAACGCGACGAGGAAGAAGGUGCGCGGGGCGUUG